UAAUCAAAAAAUAAAUUUUAUGAUUGAUUUUGCCAACAUUAUUUGUAGUCUGUCAGAUCUCACAAUCUCCUAUCUUGCGUUCUCUCGUGUAUCCCCCUCUUUCUCUCUCCUCUUCAUCCUUCUCUCUCCUCGGCUUCUCAUCAGUUUCGCGAUCGCAGUAAUUGAUCGAAAAUGGGUGCUCAAAAUCUUUUCGAUGCUGAGGAUGGAAAUCUGGAGGUUGGAAUGGAGUACAGAACAGUCUCUGGAGUUGCAGGGCCACUAGUUAUUCUUGAGAAGGUUAAGGGACCUAAAUUUCAAGAAAUUGUCAAUAUCCGUCUGGGAGACGGAUCAACUCGCAGAGGUCAAGUGUUAGAAGUUGAUGGCGAGAAGGCUGUAGUACAGGUGUUUGAAGGAACAUCUGGAAUUGAUAACAAGUAUACCACCGUGCAGUUCACUGGCGAGGUUUUGAAAACUCCCGUAUCCCAGGACAUGCUUGGGCGCAUUUUUAAUGGAUCUGGUAAACCUAUUGACAAUGGUCCUCCUAUUCUUCCUGAGGCUUACUUGGAUAUUUCUGGGAGUUCAAUCAACCCCAGUGAAAGAACUUACCCAGAAGAAAUGAUUCAGACAGGCAUUUCCACAAUCGAUGUCAUGAACUCUAUUGCUAGAGGACAGAAGAUUCCUCUUUUUUCUGCCGCUGGUCUUCCUCACAAUGAGAUUGCCGCACAGAUUUGUCGUCAGGCAGGUCUGGUGAAGCGAUUAGAGAAGUCUGACAACCUUUUGGAGGGUGGUGAAGAGGACAAUUUUGCCAUUGUAUUUGCUGCUAUGGGAGUUAAUAUGGAAACUGCACAGUUCUUUAAACGUGACUUUGAAGAGAAUGGAUCUAUGGAGAGAGUUACUCUCUUUUUAAAUCUGGCAAAUGACCCAACCAUUGAGCGUAUCAUUACUCCUCGUAUUGCCCUCACCACUGCAGAAUACCUGGCAUAUGAAUGUGGGAAGCAUGUGCUCGUCAUUCUGACUGACAUGAGCUCCUAUGCCGAUGCACUUCGUGAGGUAUCAGCUGCCCGAGAAGAAGUGCCUGGAAGGCGUGGUUAUCCAGGUUACAUGUACACCGAUCUUGCCACCAUCUAUGAACGUGCUGGACGUAUUGAAGGGCGAUCAGGCUCUAUCACCCAGAUUCCAAUUUUAACUAUGCCUAAUGAUGAUAUCACUCACCCAACUCCUGAUCUUACGGGUUACAUUACUGAGGGGCAAAUCUACAUUGACAGACAGCUACACAAUCGUCAGAUAUACCCACCAAUCAAUGUCCUUCCCUCACUUUCUCGUCUCAUGAAGAGUGCUAUUGGUGAAGGCAUGACUCGCAGGGAUCACUCUGAUGUGUCUAACCAGCUAUAUGCCAAUUAUGCCAUUGGAAAGGAUGUACAAGCCAUGAAAGCUGUGGUUGGUGAGGAAGCUCUUUCUUCUGAAGACCUGCUAUACUUGGAGUUCUUGGACAAAUUUGAGAGGAAGUUCGUUGCCCAAGGAGCAUAUGACACCCGCUCCAUCUUCCAGUCACUCGAUCUAGCAUGGACACUUCUCAGGAUUUUCCCCCGUGAGCUUCUUCAUCGUAUACCAGCAAAGACCCUUGACCAGUACUACAGUCGGGAUGCUUCGAAUUGAUCAAUGAAUGGAAGUCAGUACACCGAUGUCCCUGUUACAUUCCGCACUUGAAUCUGUUAUUUAUUGUUGUUUACCGACCGUCUGGCGUCAGUCAAUAAAGGUUCCCAUUGUUUUCAGGUCCUCUAAAAGUGGGGUUAUUUUGGUUAGUUGUUGUGUACAUUAAAAAGAUAUUCUUUUAGUGGGAGGGACCAUGUAGAUUGUUAAGAUAAAACGGAAGAAGCUGUAUUUGUGGUUUUGACUGUUCUUUCUCAUUUUCUUGUACUAUUUAAGACUUGAGAGGUGGGUUUCAGAGAGCAGGAAUCCUAGGCACUUGUUUGCACCGCUUUCUUGAGCAUGUAUUUGAUUUAUACUAUUCGUAGCUCGCUAAAUUAUUGGGAGUGUUGCAAAAUAAAUUUUGGUGCAAUUGUUUGGAUUA